AUGCCUGUAAAUCACGACUUACCUGCUGGAAUCCCAUCCCGAGCACCAUCUCGGGCUUCUAAAGCACGAAUGUUGCCGGGAUCGAAUGUCGGGCGUUUCAUAGCUCGCGAAGAGGAGCUUCAUCAGGCAAGAACAUAUGCUUCCAUCAAUGAAACGAAUGCUAAUAGAGCAUCUUGGGAGGAAAAACAAAACCGUUUAUCGGGAAGCGGUGCUUGCAUUCGACAGAGCAAGCGACUUGAUGAGGAAAAAGAACUUCUGGGCAAGGAGGUUUUAGCAAUUCGACAGGCUCGACUACAAAAUUACUACGAGACUUGCUACCAUGAAUGGGAGCAGGAACUGCGAGCACGUGGUUUGGCGCUUGUACGUGAUCACGAUUAA